AUUGGAGUAAAUUUUAACAGAUUAUAGUCAUGCUCGGUUUGGUUUCGAUACUGCUGAUCGUUGGCGCUCACGCUGCUGUAGGAAAUCAAAACUUACAGCUAAAUGCUCCACCUUAUGUCCAGUCAAGGUCGUCGUUUCAAAGCGCUAAAUUUUAUCUACAGCAGAAUAUACCCUACGAUACUCGUAACAUCACUAAUCCGGAAUACAGACGGCAUGCUGGCUUCGGCAUGUUAGCAGCUAUAACUAAGAAGCUAAUCGAGGCCUACAUUAAGAAUGUUAAGACAUAUGAUCCAUUGAAAGUACUCAGUGAAAACGUACCGGUGGUAUGGAAUAAUUACAACGAUGAAGCAUCUAAGCCAUUAAACAGUAUCCUAGCUGAAGCACAAGCCGGGAUCCAACCGGUGACUUCUUUAAUAGAUGCAUUGUGUUUAUCAACUAACGAUGUAGAAUCAUGUAACGCAGAAGUCGAAAAGAAAGUUGCAUCGAGCGGCGAUUUCUUAAAAAACCGAGCGAAUCUGCUGCUCCAGUUGGGCAAGGUUUCAGAUAUCGUAAGGAUCCACGCAAACGAACUCAACGAGGUCGUGUCGCGGGACCAACAAAUACCAUACCUUAUUCACAAUGUCAAUACACGCGCUUAUACUGUAUUUGUUAAAGAAUUAACUAAAGCUUAUGAACUUUUGCGCAAAAAUUAUAAUCUUAAUAAAGUAUCCUAAAUAUAGCUAGAUUCGAAAAUAUGAUUUAGUAUUCAAUAAAAACUGUGAAGCAUGUAUAAUUAUG